AUGUAUUUUAGUUGGAUCAUUAUUGUAUUAUUUACCUUGUUGGGAUAUUGUAGGAGCAAUUUUCAGAAUACUAGUCAUUCACCUUCAAAUGAUAAAAUAUCGUUGUUCCUCAACCAUUUUCAGAUCUUUAAAGAUUUAUUGCCGCAUAACGGUGAUUCCAAACCCAAAAUCAAAGAAACAAGACCUUUAAUACAAGUUCUGAGGGAUGGUGUUCCUGUAAACUUUAAUAGAGUGCCAGCAUUAAUUAUUAGAAAAAACAUCACCACAAUCACCCUUGAACCACCGAUCACCACCGCCACUGCUUUGAAUUUUCUGACUGCUAAUAGAAAUGAAUACUUUAGAAUUGGAAGUACAACUAGUAGAGCAGAUCCAUUGUAUGAAAUUAAACGGUUGGAGGAAUUGGUUUUAAACUUAAAGAAAGAAAUGUUAGAUCAACAGGAACAAUUUAAAAAUGAAUUGUUGAAAAUUUACCAACCUAGCCCAAUUCAAAGAAACUUGAUAACCCCUACUAUUACAAGUUUAAUAGAGACUACAAAGACAAGUUUUAGUCAAUUAUCUACUAGUAGUGAAAUAAUUGUGAUACCUGAAAGUUUACAUCAUGUUGAAGUACAAACCACUGAAAUAGGACACGUUACUCAUCAUCAUAAAUCAGAAAAGAUACAUCCCAAAGAUAUUUGGAAUAAAAAGAAUCCUCCAAACUCGGUAUUAAUUGUACCUCAAUUCAAAUAUCAUCACCAGCAUGCAACAGCAACUCCAUUGGCUUAUUCAAAACCAAAACAAAUAAUGUGGACUAAUUUUCCAACUACAACUCCUCAUAUUUUUUACGAAAAUAAUCAUUUUCUAUUUAAUCAUGAACAAUUAGCCAGAAGUACAUCUGUUAGUGAUGACAUCGAAGAGUAUGAAAUUGUCCAAGAAAUGACUGAUACAGAACUGGAAGAAAGUGAUACGUCAGAUGAAGUUCAAGAAGUACAAACAGAUAAAGAAGUCAUAGAACGUACAUUUUUACAACAGGCAAGAUUGAAUCGUCCACGGCCAACAUUUGAAGAUCCAUUUGUUGAUUUACAAACCAUAAUGACGGUUACAAUGACGACCCAAACAUUAGAAGAUUCUUAUAUUCCUAGAUCCAGUAGACGGAAAGGUGCCAAACACAACGAAGGUUUUAAUGAACAACCUUCCUUCAAAUUCGAUGUUAUUGAUUGGAUAUUUGAAAACACAGGUAAUGUAUUGAACAAUUUGCAAAUGGUGAUAGUUAUUGUUUCAUUAGAAAUGGUUCUUCUAUAUUUACUAUAA